GGUAAUUGUACUGCGUUUGUCGUUCUGCUUCUCAUUUUCAACACUAACGCCGAAUCAUGGCACCGAGAAACGACGUAUUUCAAAACUUCGAGGAGGAAGACUCAGCGUCUGAUUCGUCUACAACAGUAUUGGACGAUGUCGUUCAGACCGAGAACGUGUUACGCGUUCCCGUUAAAAUCGUCUGGAGGAACGUAGUGCUGAUGGGUGCUCUGCAUCUAGCCGCACUGUAUUCGUUAUUUCUCAUUCCUUCCUGUCGUUGGCAGACUUUACUCUUCGGCAUUGUCUUGAUGCGGCUUGGUGGACUUGGCAUAACUGCUGGUGCACAUCGUCUGUGGGCUCAUCGUUCAUACAAAGCAAGGUUUCCACUUCGUGUUUUCCUUGCUCUAAUUCAAACCUUGGCCUUCCAGAAUGAUAUAUUUGAAUGGUCACGUGACCAUCGAGUACAUCAUAAAUACUCGGAAACUGAUGCGGAUCCGCACAAUGCUAAACGUGGUUUCUUCUUUGCACAUGUGGGAUGGCUACUAUCUCGAAAACACCCCGACGUCAUAAGGAAAGGGAGGUCAAUUGACCUUAGUGAUCUGCAUGCAGAUCCUGUUGUUAGAUUUCAAAGGAGAGUUUAUAAACCUGCCGUUCUUUUGCUGUGUUUCAUCAUUCCGACUUUACUACCGACAUACUGGGACGAAUCAGUCUGGAAUUCUUUCUACAUCUGCGCACUGCUACGGUACACUCUCUCUUUACAUGCCACGUGGUGUGUCAACAGUGUAGCUCACAUGUUUGGUAACAAGCCUUACGAUAGAUACAUUAACCCAACAGAGAACAUGAUGGUUGUUCUUGGUGCGCUUGGCGAAGGGUUCCAUAACUUCCAUCAUACAUUCCCUAGUGAUUAUGCAGCGGCCGAGUUUGGAAUUCAGCGCUGCAACACUACGAAAAUGUUAAUUGACAUUUGGUGCUUUUUGGGAUUGGCUUAUGACCGAAAAAGCACAAGUAUUGACGUGGUAAAGAAGAGAAAAAUACGCACUGGUGAUGGUACUAAUCACACUGCUUUGCUUUAUACCUAAACAAAUUACUGUAUGCACAAACACCUCCA